AUGGACCGACGUGAAAAGGCAACAAAGUCAGGAACACCACAUUCAAAAUUGCCACAAUGUAAAUACUUCAGUCAACUUUUGUUUUUGACUGACAAAACAGCAAAUAAACCAACAGUGAGCAAUGUGUCUAUUACAAUAAACGAAAGUGAAGAUUUGGUUGAAGAAUCAGCCCCUUUGGAACUUCAACCUUCCACCUCUACACCGACUAAAAGAAAAUUAGUGUCUCAGUCUUGCACCAAUGACAACAUCAAUUUAACACAAGCCUCUUCUGGUUCUGCAAAAAAAUUGAAGCCUUUGCCGGAUAAUCAGAGUCAAGCUAGUCAACCCAAAAAAUGUCGUGCUGAGCUAGCCCAUGCUGUAGAUUCAAUGCUGGUGAAAACACUACAAGAUAUGCAAAAUAAUGGAAAUAGAUCUGAUGGCCUGGUGACAGAAGAUGAUGAAGAUUCAUUGUACUGUAGAAGUCUAAUACCAAUCUUCCGACAACUCCCUCUUAAAAAAAGAGAUUAG